UGCCCGUCAGUCUUUGCGAUAUCUCGUUAAGAAACAAGAGGAGAGAGCGUCCGUCGGUAUCGCGGCUCUUCUUUAUCGCACAAUUUUUUAUACCAUUUCAACGUAAACGGAUUUCGAACUUUUAUACAAUAUAGCAAUAUUCAAUAUCGAUCCGUGCGGCGGCAACUAUUAUUCGUACUACCAAUGGCAUAAUUGGACAUUUCUUCGAGAGACAAUUCACCGAUUUUAUUGUUGUUGCUGGUCUCUUACAUAUACAUAUAUAUAUAUUAUAUAUCUGUAUUAUACACACUUAUUUUAUAUACCGUUGUUGCACAUUCGCUGAUCGAACUGAUCGGGAACAAUCUUACAAAAAGUGCCUGUCGGAGAGUGAUUUUGUGAAAUUUAUAACGACAGCAGUGAAGCUGGUGUCGAAUUUCCGAAGGAAGAACUUCGGGUUUUAACCGAUCGCAACUAACGUCAGACACACCGAGUUUCGUCAAAAUGUCGGUCAUCAUGCAGUACGUCGAUCAGUUUCACGAAAUACUGGACAAACAUGCCGAUUCGAGGACGACGAAUUGGUUCCUGAUGAGUUCCCCAUUCCCAACGCUAUUCAUAUGCCUAGGCUAUGUCUACCUAGUCAAGGUUCUGGGACCAAAGUUUAUGGAAAAUCGUAAACCAUAUCAACUGAAAGAAGUACUUAUAGUCUACAAUUUAGUCCAAGUUCUAUUCUCAACGUGGCUGUUUUACGAGUGCCUGAUGGGCGGAUGGUGGGGACAGUAUAGCUUCCGUUGUCAGCCAGUCGACUAUACGGAAAGUUCAACGGCCGUAAGGAUAGGCGUUUCCGGAUGGUUCACAGGGGACUAUUCGCUAAGGUGUCAACCCGUAGACUACAGUGAUCGACCCCAAGUAAUGAGGAUGGUCUACGCAAGCUGGUGGUACUACUUCUCCAAAUUUACGGAAUUCAUGGAUACGAUCUUCUUCGUUCUAAGGAAAAAGACCGACCACGUAUCAACUCUCCACGUUAUCCACCACGGAUGCAUGCCAAUGUCCGUAUGGUUCGGCGUUAAAUUCACUCCAGGUGGCCACUCGACGUUCUUCGGUCUGUUGAACACGUUCGUGCACAUAGUUAUGUACACGUACUACCUGCUGGCCGCCCUGGGACCCCGAGUGCAGCCUUACCUCUGGUGGAAGAAAUACCUGACCGCGUUCCAGAUGCUGCAGUUUGUCGCCAUAAUGAUCCACGCUUUCCAGCUCCUCUUUAUCGACUGCAACUACCCGAGGGCCUUCGUAUGGUGGAUCGGAAUGCACGCGGUAAUGUUCUUCUUCCUCUUCAACGAAUUCUACCAGCAGCAAUACGCCCAGAAGAAGAUAAGGGCCGACAAGAAGCGGGCCGAGGCGAACGCGGCUUCCGCUGCGGCGGCUAAAUUGCAAAACGGCAACGCGAAUAUCCAGGCGAACGGCAAAAACGAAUCGACGACGUUAACGUCGAACGGCAAUGCAACGGCCGUCCGCAGAAGGGACGCGGCCGAUUACUACGUCAAGGGCGAAAGUUUGACCGCCUCCGAAUUAGGAUUAAGGAAAUCGUAUAACGCCGUCGCCGAGUGACACCCGUCGCGAGACCGAUGACAUGUAUUUAUUAUUAUCAUUAUUAUUAUUAUUAUUAUUAUCAUUAUUAUUAUUAUUGUUAUUGUUAUUAUUAUACACGUACACACACGCGCGCACACACGAAAAGAAUUUCGACGCGCAUGGUUAUCACAUACAUUAUAGCAUGAUACGUAAUACUAUAGGUAUGUUUAAGUAUAUCUCGCCCGGCAGUGUGUUCUCAAGAUAAAUCAGAGUAACGAUGAAUGGAAGGAAAAGAAAACCGCAACCAUGAAUAAUUCACCUUUAAUAAUUUUCAACGACAGGGAAAACGAGGAGAAGUAAAUAAUAAUCAUAAUUUCGAAUCAUGUGAUCGAUCGUGAAAAUAUGAUCGUACGUUGCAUUGUGUGUAUAUACAAGUGCACGUACAUACGUAUAUAUGUAUAUAUACAACCAUGUAUUUGUAUACAUGCAAGUAUGCGAUUGUACUCAAACGGACCUGUGAUAGUGAGGAAUUGAUGAAAAACAAAAAGACAAAAAAAAAAAAACAAAAACAAAAAAAAAAUUGAUAAAAAAAAACAAUCAUGUUAUACCUAUAAUAAUAUCAGUCUUCCUUGCCAAUGAGGUGUUACUCCGAAAUCGCGGACCGCUGAUUCACAGUGGCAAUAGUCCUUCCGUUGUAUGAAAGAAAAACGUAUUUUUUAACUUUUUAUACAAAUUUAAUAACGAAAUUCGAUCGUUCGAUGACAACGUGAUUUCAAUUUUUACGGGUCAAAUCCGAAAUAAUUUAUGUGUAAAUAAUUAUCCCCUCGUACAUGCAUAAAACACUGAAACGAUAGCUUACGGUCUUCCUUAAUUUCACAAUCGCUUAUUGCAACUUUAUACACACUGAUAAAAUUCGCAUUAUAACAUUAUGGACAAAGAUGAGUUUUAAUUGAUUUUUUAGACAUUUAAUAUACAUGUAUGUGUUUUUUCUAUUUUUUUUUUUUUUUUUUUUGUGUCGAAGACGAAUUCAUUUCUAUGUAUUAAAUAUGUCGUCGUCACUCUUUGUCAUUCUGCGAUUAAACCACGAUGAUCCCGAAUAAAGGUAAUAACGAUUAGCAAAGUUCACAAAGCAAAAGAUUCAAAAUGGAAAUAAAAAGAAAUAAAUCAACUACUGUACAUAAUAUUACAGUAUAGGAAUACUAUAAUGCGUAUAAUAUAGAUUGAAACGUUUUUAUAAUCUUAUAACGCCAUAAUGCAGUAACGAGUACAACGGCAAAUUGUUGCAAAUGUAAAUUCAACCUAUUAGAUAUGUAUAAAUAUGUUAUGUAUAAUAAAAUGUUUAAUGAAACAAAUAAGAAGAAAAAUAAUGAAACAAAAGAACGUACGACGAUUUUCUUUUGCCCUCUGUACUCGUUAGUUGAUGAACUAACGAGGACAAAAGUUCGAAGAUAAAUUGAAAAAAAAAGUAACAAACAAAGAACAGCUUUUCACCGUAUACAUAUGACAUACAUAUUUUAUUAUUACUUACGAAUAAUAAUAUAUUUAUAUGCAUAUAAUACAUAUAUAUAUAAUUAUGGCGUAAAAUGAUGCUACACGAACCGCGUCUCCGGCGUUCUUUUUUUUCUAUUCCGAAUUUGUACAUCUACUACAUUGUGUAGAAUUAAUUUAUGUAUGAGCACAUGUGUAUAUUUACUUAUUAUUUACUAUUAUUAUUAAUGAUUAUUGUUAUUGCUAUUGUUAAAAAGAAAAAAAAAGCGGCUAUCUGUACAUAACGGCAAUUGUAAA